AUGUCGGACAUCAAGAGGUGGACGAUAUUGUCGCUGCUCGAGCCGGGAUUUGUGGAAAAUAUUAAGGAGUGCGUGGUGUUCGGCAGUGCCGGUUGCGAGGCCCUAAUCCACACGAAAGACGACGAGGUCUACGGCCUCGGCACGAAUUAUUGCUGCUGGCUAGGCGUCCCCUCCAGCUCGUUUGAGCCCAUCAAAAUCGAUCUGCUGUGCGGGAAACGGAUCCGGAAGUUUGGAUAUGGAUCGGGACCUCACCUGCUGGCACUUUCUGAGAUUGGAGAGGUUUUCGCGUGGGGGCAUAAUUCGUUCGGGCAGCUAGGGCUUGGACAUAAUAAUCAGCAUUGUCCCACCCCUGUUUUGGUCACUGGACUGUUGACAGGACAAAAGGCAAUACACAUCGCGUGUGGCGGACACCAUUCUGCCGCCCUCAGCGACCGGGGCGAACUUUUUUGCUGGGGCCUCAAUAGCAGCGGCCAGCUGGGCAUCGGCUCGACGAUCAACCAGGACACUCCGCGCCAAUCCAAUUUACACCAUCGCGUGAUUAAGGAUGUCGCCUGCGGGCACAACUUUACCCUGGCUUUGACGGAGAAUGGGGAGGUCUUCGCAUGGGGUUACAACGAAAAUGGCCAAGUCGGCUGCGGCAACGUUAGCACUCAAGUGAGCCCGGUCCUCGUCGAAACCCUCAGCAUCUCCAAUACCGUAAUCAGCCAGAUCGCCUGCGGGUAUGCCCACAGUUUGGCGCUAUGCGAUGAGGGUCGCCUCUGGGUAUGGGGAUCCAACGGGUGCGGGCAGCUGGGUGGAAACCUGAUGCGGAAGAACCUUACCGAGCCCGUUCAUACGGCCAAGGAUAUCGAUAGGGUCGUAGAAGUCGCCGCAACACACCUUUGCAACAUCACGGUAGUCGCCAAUAAGAAGGGGAAGGUAUUUAUGUGGGGAAACGUUCGUGGUCAAUCUAUCACAAGCCCAGUGGAGACGAGGUUUCCAUGUGUUGACGAUGCUUUUGCCUGUUUUGCCUCGCCGGCUGUUACUUUUCGGAUGACGCGUUUUGAAAAUCCACGUCAACCUUCUCUGAUCGAUGCGAUGAGGGUUGCACUCGACGAUCCGUCAUCAUCAGACAUCAGGAUUGUGGUCGAAGGGCACGUCAUUUAUGCGCACAAGGCAAUCCUAAAGCUCCGAUGCCCAUACUUCAAGUCUCGGCUUGGCGAGCUUUGGUCAGAAGGGUCCGGAAACCAAAUCGAAAUCUCCGACUUUUCCUACAACACUGUGAGAGCGUUCAUGCAUUGGGUGUAUACGGACGAGCUGGUGGUGGACCCGGAUGAUGCGAUUGGACUUCUUGAACUUGCCACCUGCUACCUGGAGACCAGUCUGAAGGUCCGAUGCGAAACCUUUUUACGUAAAGGGAUCUGCGUGGAAAAUGCGGCCGCCCUCUACGCGGCUGGGCUGCAAUUUGACGCGCCGGAACUGGAGGACAGCUGCUAUCGAUUUUGCAUCGAUCACAUGGCCGCCGUAACGCAAUCAGAAAAUUUCCGAAAACUUGAUGCCCUCGCCAUGCGACAUCUAAUAUGCCGAGCCGCGAAGGCCGGAAUUUUCAAGAAA